CAGGGAAUCCUAGGGUGAAGCGAAUUGCUGCCGGAACCAAAACAACGAAAAAAAAACGGGUGACCGACCGCUCGACAAGCAACCUUGAGAUCAAAAUCCGCUAUCAAAAAGGAAUUGUCCAGUGACACCAAAGAUUCACUAGUCUUCAGGAAGUGGAAGUGCCAGCCAAGGAUAUCGCGCGGUGGGUGGAGAUGCACCGCCAACCGUUCAUCUGCUAGCGGCACACCCUCCCCCGUCGAACCUAGGAAGUACUGCGAAAAGUGUUCGCGAAUUUGGAGUUCGCAUAGUACGGCCAGAAGAUGAUGGCAUCACCGAGUUUCAUGACGCAGUAUCACAAUCACCAGUGGAACAAUAGCAGCGCACAGAGCCAGCUUUCGGCCCUCAAUAUCCUUCCGUAUCAGUAUCCGCCCCAGCCACCCUCGGUCAGCAGCCUCGGCUCGGUGGCGUCCGUGGGCUCGGCGGGCCUUUCGCCGACACAGUCGAUCGCUUCGUCUAGCGGCGCCGCAAGCAACAGCAGCCGAUCCAGUGCCGUCGGUGGCGGCAACCACGGGCACGGCAUCGCCGUAGGAGCAGGGUGCGGCGUGGUCGGUGUCGGUCUCGGCGGAGGCGGCGGCUCCAACACGGCCAGCCCGGACGUCACGACGGCGGCAGCGGCAGCGGUAGCGGCUGCAUCCAGUGCGGCCGCAUCCUACGGAUUCGGUAUGGUUCAGCAGCCCGGAGCGCUCGAGAUGUCCGCAAGAUCUCAGGCAAUGCACUACCCUUCGUACCCGUCGUACAGUCCGGCCAGCUACUACAACAACGUGAGCAUGGCCACCAACCCGUGGUUCACGCAGGAGACGAUGUACGGGACGGCGGCCGGCUGGCACGGGGCGGCCGACGCGUACGGCCUCAAGCUGGAGGAGUACUCGCACCAGACGCAGGCGCAGCGCCGUUGCGCCCGCUGCACCUGCCCGAACUGCAUCAACGAGCUGUCCGGGCUGCCGCCGGUGGUCGGACCGGACGAGAAGGGCAAGCGCCAGCACAUCUGCCACAUCCCCGGCUGCGAGAAGAUCUACGGCAAGACGAGCCACCUGAAGGCGCACCUCCGGUGGCACACCGGCGAGAGGCCGUUCCAGUGCAAGUGGCUGUUCUGCGGCAAGCGGUUCACGCGCUCCGACGAGCUGCAGCGCCACUUCCGGACGCACACCGGCGAGAAGCGCUUCACGUGCACCAUCUGCAGCAAGAAGUUCAUGCGCAGCGACCAUCUCGCCAAGCACGUCAAGACGCACGAGAACAAGGCGAAGAAGAUCGCCAAGCGCUCGGAGAAGCUCGAGGAGGCGAAGCUGCGCCGCGAGGAGGGGAAGCUCUCGAAGGGACUCGACACGGGCGUCGCGGGUGGUUUGGUGACAGCGGUUUCGAAGAAGCUACCCCACGGCGGUUCACUCGCGAAGAUGUCAACGGUCAAGCGCCAGAAGCUGUCCUCGUCCUCGGGCGAUAGAAGCAGGGCAGCGGAGGAAGGGCUGGUGACACCGGGGGGAGGACUCGAGCAACAACAGCAGCAACAGCAUAACCUUCAUCAGAAUCACCACCAUCACCAGCAGCACCAUCAAACGAUGCUGGAAGACAUCAACGCCAACAUCCGGAUACCGGAGAUCAAGUCCGAGUACGGCUCGGCGGCCCCGAACAACAACAACCUAUCGCCGCCGCCAUCGGGAGGCGAGUCGACAGGUUCUACAUCGACGAGCGCCACUUCAACAGCCGCCGCCGCUGCUGCAGCUGCCGCCGCUGCUGCCGCGGCCGCCGCCUACCAGAACUAUCACCACCAUCACCAUCCCGGGCACCACCAUCACCCGCAUCAUCACCAUCACCAUGCGGCAGCGGCGGCGGCCGCCGCCCAUCACCACCACCAUCACCAUCACGCACCGUACUUCCAGAGUGCGUUCUUCCAGACGCCAGCUGCGGGCGCUGACAGUUCGGGCAAGAGCCCGUUCGGCGGCAACUACUGUGACGUCAGUGGGAGCGGUACCGGGUUCCAUGGGAGCCUGCGCAACCUGACCGGACCCAGCACUACCUCGCCGGCAUCUAGCUCCCUCGGAGGAGCGGCCGGCAGUCAGAACAAUUCGGCCAGCAGCAGCACCAGCAACACCACCACCACCACCACUACCAACACGAGCGCGAGUAGCAACAACACCAGCGCCAGCAGUACCAGCAGUAGCACCAGCGGCAGCAGCAGUAACAACACCAGCAACAGUCUCAGUGCCAUCGCCCAGCUCAGCAACAGUCUGGUGAAGCUGGAGGAGUACGCCAAUGGCCACGGGCUUGGCGGAAGGGCUGCGGCGGCAGCGGCGGCGGCGGCGGCGGCAGCAGCUGCAGCAGCAGCGGUGGCCUCCACCUCCACGACGGAACCGCCGGCCAGCGCUGGAAGUCGCAGCAUCAACAACAACAAUACCCUCAACAACCACGCACUACCUCACGGCGCUCAGUUCUACGCGCAUCCGCUGGCGGGCGAGUCGGCCUCGUCCACGUCCACGUCCACCUCCUCUUCCACCUACCAUCCGUACGCGAGCGCCAAAGCCGACGCGAUGGCGUACGGGGGUACAACCUACGACCACCAUCCGCACGCUGGUCCACCCGGUUCGGCCUCAUCCGGCGACAACAGUGCCUCUGCCCAGCUUGCCUCCACCUACAACAUGAUGAUGAGCAACUACUCCCUGCAUCAUCAGCAACAUCAGCAGCAACACCAGCAGCAGCAGCAGCAGCAGCAGCAGCAACACCAGCAGCAGCAACACCAACAGCAACAUCAACAGCAACUCCUCAAUCAACAGCAACACCAUCAAAUCCUUCACCAUCAGCAGCAGCAGCAGCAACAUAACCUCAACCCGCAGCAAGCGAAUGGAACCGCUAGCGGGCGAGCACUUUUCAAGUAAGUUCCCCCCCUUGCAACACCAGCAGUGUCACACACACACAAAGAGUCAUCAAACCAGUUGUCAUCAGUCGCGAGUGCCCGGAGCGUGCUAUUCCUUGGUUCUUUACGUAGUUGAUUAGCACUAGGUUUCUUAUCGUCGCGACUACUAGGUGUAAUUGUACGCUUUCCCUUCUACGUGUGCUUGUAACUGUAAGUUUUCAAACAAUAUCCAACUGGAACAGUAAAUCGCGUAACGGCAUAACGAUACGUAACGGCAUCGGGACGAUUACAAAAAAAACAAAACAAAACAAAACAAAUGACCGCCGUCUGUCAGGACGAUGAACGUCGACAGAGUGAAUGGCUCAUCCUUGUUCCUGUGCCAAAAAAAACAGUAAGCAGUACACUGCACUUCUUCCACUUGCAUCCCCUUGCUUCAAACCUCUUGUUUCCCACACCUUUUCGUCUUCCCCGCUAGGAUAUGAAGGGGACACUCACCGGAAGAACUCCAAAGUGCAUUGUUCAUCCGGCAUGAAUAUCCAUUUUAAUCAAGCCACUAUUCAGGUCACUAUUCAGGUUAGUCGUGGCCCUUCCCCCCACAAUGGGGCCAAAAUAGUAGUAUUCCAGAAGCCUUUUUUUUGUUUUCCUUUGCAUCGCUCUCUCGGUUAAUAUCCUUCCGCUCGUUCCGGUGUGUAUUAAAGGCUGCAAGUUGUUAAAAACACCGUGGAAAAGAGGGCGAAAGUGAGACCCGGCUUUCCAUGGCGGACGGUUUGCGGAGUUUUAUGAGCUCGUUAGCGUACCGCCAUUCCCGAACAAGAAAAGCCGGAAAAAAAGAGGAAACCCUUUUUUGUCGGUUUUCGUUCGAGUGAAGAUUAUGAUGGAUUUAUGCGAGCCGAAAUUCGGAUGAUUUACGACCGUGUUCGAUCGGUUGACAGAAGCCCUCCUCGCCCUCGGGAUUUUGGGUCUCUCGCGCGUCUCAGGGAAAGAAAGGUCCACCAUGCCAUAGAGAACCGGAACCGGUGGUUUCCGAUGGGGUGGCCAACUCUCUUAAGGUGGUUUUGCUUGACGUAGGAAGGAAGAACACGGAGGAAAACCAAACCGAAAACGAAAGAUGAAGCUAAGAUGAACAACACGAGGAAAGUGCUGAGGAAAUAGGGGAAAUUGCACCAAACCAGGAAGCUAGCAGGAAAUCAAACACGCCAAACGCGAAACGCACAGUUUCCGGAAGGAUUGUAGGAGACUGGCGAUCCACGAUCCGAACCGAAUCAAACUCUCACAACUGUGUCCGGAACGCUUCCAUUUUCCGUUUUGAAGGUUUACCUCAAAUGAACAACCACCUUUGUACAAAAUUUAGCACAGUAUCCGAUGUAGCGUAGGAACUUUAGAAGAAAAACACUAAGAACACGAAACCCAGUUACGAUCAAGCGAUCAACCAAGCGUCGGUACUAGGUGGCAUGAAAUGUGGUGUGCGAAUUUUCCAAAGAAAAGCGAGCGGAAAAACAAAAAACACAAAGAGACAAACAAAAGAGACAGACGAAAUGGGGGAUUUGCGCGAAACUAACCAGCCCAGCGACCGAGGCACACGAGGACGCUCAAAGCAAACUAUCUAGCAAGUAAUAUUCUCCACGAUCACUGUUACUGUACAGAGUGAAAGCUUUAGGUUUUUUUUUUAUCUAUAUAUAAGGAUAAGUACUUGUGUAUAAAUAUAUUUAUGAUGGAGUCUCUAAA